CAUAAUCGUUGAACCAUGAGUGAAAUAAUUUUUUAAAACGACGUAAUAAAUGAGAUUUUAAUGAUUUUGCAACGGGUAAAUCGUUUCAAGUAAGUCAUGCAAUAUGUGUAGCUAAUUUGAACCGGCGAUACACUGUUUCGACCAGGGAAGUGUCGCUACCAGUGGAAUGGGAGCUCAUCAGAAAGUAUAAAAGAGCUCGAGCGACGCGACUGCUCGGCUUCCGUAGGGCAACGUUGAUUUGGGAUUAUUGGUAUUGUUUCUCUGGAACCUUGGAUUGACAAUACGAAUCAUCCGGCAAUGGCCCUUAGCCAAACAAGCGUGCUAAAACUUUACAAUACGGUGAUCGAAGAUGUUAUUGCCGGAGUGCGGGAAUCCUUUCUCGAUGAAGGAGUUGACGAACAAGUUUUGCAGGAGCUCAAGCAAAUCUGGGAGUCUAAACUUUUAUCCAAUAAGGCUGUGGAAUUGAAUCCUGAUCCGCCUGAACCUCAACCACCUCAACUUGCUUCUCAUAAAUCAUCAAAUUCAUCGAAAGGUAGAUCUUCAAAUGCAGCAAAUCAUUUUGCUCAACAACAACAGCAGCAGCAAGUCGCUACGGCAUCCUCAACAACAGCCCCUGUGCAACAACCUCCCACAGUAAUUCAACAACAACAACAAGCACCAGCUCCGCCCCAACAACAAAUACAGCCACAACCUCAACAAGUUCAACAACAAAUCCAACCACAAUCUGUACCACAGCUCCAACAACAACAGCAGACAACUCGUACGAUUCAACAACACUCAACCCCUGGAAUCCCGAUUCAACAACAUUCUACCAUACCUGUUCAACAACAAGUGGUGACGGCUCCUCCGACCCUCUAUGAACGACAAGUUCCCAUUCAAAUUACGUUACCUGGGCCAGCCGACUCUGCCGAUGGAAAACCCAAAGUUCUUACAAUUCAAGUGCCCGCUUCGGCAAUUCAAGGAAAUCAGUUGCAUACGAUUCUCACAGGCCCUGUAAUUACGGCCGCAAUGGGUUUUCCGACGGACGUUGCCUCUAGGCUGCUUCAACAACAUGUUGACAAAACUCUCCAAGGACAGGCUGCACUAGCACCCAUGCAAAUCAAUCAGCCCAUUCAAGUUAUUACUCAAAAUACUAAUAACGUGCAGCCAGUGUCUCAGUUACCGGUACAAAGCCAAGGAACUCAAGGUAACAUGACACAAUUGGACGGUCCAAUGGGUGAUUCUUCCGACGACGAUGAGGAGGAAGAGGAGGAUGAUAACGAUGACGAUGACGAUGAUAUUGAUAAGGAUGAGGAAGAAAAUGAUGAGGCUGGUGCUUGUGAAGAGGAACCCCUCAAUUCGGAAGAUGACGUCACGGAUGACGAUCCAACCGACCUCUUCGACACGGACAAUGUGGUUGUUUGUCAAUACGACAAGAUUACAAGAAGCAGAAACAAAUGGAAAUUCUACUUGAAGGAUGGAAUUAUGAACUUGAGCGGCAAGGAUUACGUUUUCCAGAAGGCAAAUGGUGACGCGGAAUGGUGAAUUGCGGAAAAAAUCUUUUUUCGUGAUAUUGCCACGAGGUUAACGUCCGAAAGGGCGCUUCCAAAUACCUAGAUCCGUCGUGAGCUCGUUUGCUCGUCGAGCUUUUCAGUUCUACGAGAUCAUCAGCAUGUUCGAUUCUCGAAAACAUGAAUUUAUUGUUGAAGAUAUGGAAAAAAUAAUAAAAUAAUAACGAGAAACGACGGAUCUUGGGUCAUGAAUAAGAGUAGCUGAAUCAAAGUUACUGAAGUGGUGGUGGAUAUUGAACGAUCCAAUUUGUUCCUGACUGUUUAAAAGUGUAAACGGAAACCAAAACUUUUACUUUUUUUCUUCCUUUUUUUCGUUGAUAAUUUAUAAUAAUAUAAUUUUUUAAGUGAAUGCAAUUUUCAGGGAAUUUUAUUCGCUCCGUUUUUCUUUUCUACAAAGAUAUUCGAAAUAUUAUUUUUCCGGAUAAAUGUUAUCAAUGGUUUAUUCGAAAUUUUCAUUCGAAAAAAUGAGUAUCUCUUCUCCAAUAUUUAAAAUUUUCUCCCGAGAUCUGGGCAUUGAAUUUCACGUACAAUUUUCUCUCCUCAUAUCUGUACUUUCAAAUCGUUGAGUCAAUCUUUUCGUGCAAUGCUUUAGUCGCCUUAAGCGUGUCUUCUCCAGAGACCCAAAGAAUAACAAAAGUUUCCGAGAUUAUUGAAAGCAGCUCAUACAAAGUAAAAAAAACAUCUUCCAUAGCGUUCUUUUAACGUAAUUACGCAGCGAAUUCUUCCAUUUGAGAGAGCUGUAUGUGACUUCGGAUACAUGAUGAACUAUUUUUUAAUAAAAUUAGCUUGAAAAAAACAAACUCGUGCGCGAUCGAAACUUUAUUUGAAAGCAAAUGAAAGCGGGGGAGAAUUAUUUUGUACAUAAAACCUGAUGCCCGCUGUCGAUUAAAACUAGAAUUGACUUUUGGAAAAGAAAUAAAGAAUAGUGAGUCCAUGCUGGUUCAAACCAAUUUCGAAGGAUACAUGUGUCUUAUAACGUUACUAGUUCUAACGACGGGACUCGUCAUUACCAUCAUUAUUAUUAACUCAUUAUAUAUUAUUAGUUUAUUUUAUUAUUAUACAUUAUGUGCAUCACAGAGCAAAAAAGUGUGCCUGAAGCGUAUACACACAAACGUACUUAAAGCUGCUAUAUCUUCGGCUAAAAAUUCAUUUUCCAACAAUAACAAAAAUUAGCUGAUGAAACUUGCCUCCAGGGGAUUUUCACCCCAAAUUUCACGAUUAUAUCUAACGACCAGGCAUGCUCAAACGAUUGAUCCCGAUGAUAUGAUAUCAACGUGAAAAAAGAAUGGAAAAAAAUGAAGCUAAAAUAUACUAAUUGCGUCGUCGAUCCUGUAAGAGAACGCGUAUAAAAAUGAUAUUUUAAUAAAGUCAUAGAAACAGA